AUGGCUCAUCGGUCCAGCGAAAUUGAUUUUGAGCGCAGCGCCAACACCAGUUCUUCAGCGCCAAUCGAAGAAGAUGUACAACAGAAAGAAAUUUAUUCGAUUGGUAAAAAUGUCGGCGGCCAUGAUGUGGAAAAAACUAGGAUAAAUAACGAGGAUGGAAAUGGGAAUAACGAAAACAUGACCGGAGAUGUCGCGACUUACGAAAACGGAGAGGAAGAUGGAGGAGUUUUACCACAAUGCAAAAUAAAAAGAAAUUAUUCGUGCAAUCUUUGCCCUUUUUUCUCGCAAAAUCCGAGAUCGUUUUUAUAUCACUCGAGAGAUGUACAUUUCGAUCGUAUAAAAAUAUUCGAAUGUUCGCAAUGUUUAUACGCGUCGAAACACAGUCAGAAAUUACAGAGACACAUCAACAUGAUACACGUAGCCGGUAAAAACAGGUUGAAAAGAACUCCGAAAACAUUUAAAAUUGAAAGGAAAAAAGAAUUUAGACCGAUAAAACCGAAACCGGUGGUGGAGACGCUCGCGGAACAAAUUCUGACAAAUAAUUCCGAUGAAAAAAUUUCUACGGAUUCCCCUACUCCGACUUGUUCUCCUCCCGAAGAUUUGAUGAAAAUCGAAACGGGUAAUUGUUCGGAAGCGGAUCGGGAAGAAGAAUCCGUCGAUGGCGACGGAUUCAAGUGUACAAUUUGUAAUUUCAAAAGUAAAAAUGAAAAAUUGUUGAGGAGGCACGAAAAAUUGGUUCAUUUGAAGAAAAGGUUUCUCCGGUGCAGCAAGUGCGCUUACGUGACUCACGUCAAAGCGAGAUACACAAAACAUGUGAAAUAUCAUUCCAUGCCGAUGAUUAAAUGUGAUUUGUGCGAUUUUCGUACCCCUUAUAAAUGGAAUUUAGAUCGCCAUUAUAAAAAUCAUUGCGGAUCGGGUGCUUUCCAAUGUUCGAAAUGUAACUUUAGAGCGGAUAUAAAGCAAAGUUUGACAGUUCACGAAAUGAAUCAUCACGUUCCUCCAGUCGGUCAAGGAGCAAUAAUGGCCCGGAAAAAAAAUAAAGUCAAAUCAAACGAUCAUUCCGUUUUUGACGUCACUGAGUGUGACGUCAUUGACGCGAAAAACGAAACAAACGUGUUAAAUAUGAAAAAAGAAAUUUCCGAGUCUGAGGAAAAUGUCGAGGAUGAUAUUAAGGAAGAAGAUGAAACGGAUGAAAUCAUUUUACAAAACAUUCGUAAUGUUAAAAUUCCGUAUACGAAUAAAAGGGAAUCCGCGAAUAAUAAUCAUUUGCAAACCGAUUUCAUACAUCCGGAUGACAUAGUUCCCAGAUACGGUCAAAUAUAUGUUAAAAAUUUAAAAUGCAAGUUUUGCAGUUACAAAGCAGUUUUCAGUCACGAAAUAUGGCGCCACGAAAAAAGGAUUCACGGUUUUAUUCGGCCGGAAAGCAAAAAGGAAAACGUUCCGAAAAGGCCUCCGCCUAAACUCAUACCCAUUCAAAACAAUAAAACCACUUCGACCAAUAAUUCAAUAAUUUCCUCCUCGAUAUUGAAAAUUCCAGCCGUUAAAAAUAAAUCCGCCAUUUCUCCGCCCGUUAAUUCUCCGAUAAAUGAAAAAACAGUGAACGAAAAUGAAUUUAACGAAAUGUGCAAAAAGUCUUGUUUAACGAGUUCCUUAAAAGAUUUCGUGUCUUUGAUCGGAGAUGAAGAAGGUUUGAAAACGAUACCGGAUUCGUCUCAAGAUGAAUUGACCGAAUGGACGCAAGUUACCGUCGAAACAAAUGAUUUAAGAACAAAUCAUCUAUCGAUGAAUAAUCAAAAGCAAACGGAUUUACUUAAAAAGAAAAACGCUUCUUUCUUUGACAAACUCAAGGAAAAAUUGUUGACCGGAAACAAUGAAGAACAAAGUUUGUUUUGUGAAAUGUGCGGACAUGAAUCAAAGUGUUUGUCGGAAGCGGUGGCUCAUCAGAAACGUCAUUCCGAUUCUGGUUUUCAAAAUGAUUUCGAGGGACAGCAAGAAAACGAAGUGUUCCUUUCGGGUGCUGAAUUAUCAUCCACGAGGUGCCAACACUGUAGACAACGUUGUAAAACGAGUACGGAUUUAAUUAAUCAUUUGAAAUCUUGCAAAGCUUUCGGUGCAGCUCAAGAAGUUCAGUCUAAUAAUUUAGAAAUUGGAGAAUUCGACAUUAAAUCGGAGGGAAACGACGAUAAUAGCGAAGACGUUGAAAAAUUCGACGAUGAAAAAACAAUGGAAAAUCGUGUUUUCGUGUGGAACGAUCUGAGUCGGGGUCAUCACGAAGAAGAAAGUGAAAAAAUUUCAAUGAAUAUUAUCGAUGAGGAAUUUAAAGGGGAGAAUCAUAUGGAAAUCCCUACAACUUUUGACAACGCCGUUAAUAAAACGACAGAAAGCAACGAAACGGGAUCUCUCGUCGUGAACAUCGAUCCUCGUCUUAAUUUAAUCGUUAAAAAAGUUUUCAAAUGUCCACAUUGUUCAUUUUGGGCGUCUACUGCUUCGAGAUUUCACGUACACAUAGUCGGUCACCUUAAUAAAAAACCUUUCGAGUGUUCGCUUUGUUUAUAUCGUUCGAAUUGGCGUUGGGACAUUACCAAACAUAUAAGACUCAAAUCAGCCAGAGAUCCGAGUCAUUUAGAAGCUCAAGUUAAUAUGACGGAUGAAACGGGGAGAAGAAAUUAUUCGAAAUACAACAAGUACCUUACGAUGAUGAAAGUCCAAGAGUCGUCGGCUGAAAGUAGCGGAACGGGACGAAGGUCGAAGCCUAACGAAGCGACGCAGGGAAACGUUGCCGAUAGAGAUAUCAUACCUCUACCGGCUCCGCCAAGACUCACGAGAGCUCCGACACCGGGAACAUCCCUUCAAAUGCCUCAGGGAGUACCUUUGAGACCGCCUCCUCCAUUGAAAGCAGCACAUCAAAUAUCACUACCGAUGAAAUCAUCUUCCGCCAACGUUAGAAAUAUUAAGGACAACGUUAAGAAAACUCUAUGGAAAUGCAAAAAGGAUUCGGUAAAAAGUAACGUACUUGCCCACGUGAAACAACAUUAUUCGAAAAAAAGUGAAAAUUUACCCGAUUCGAAAAGUGAGGGAGAUGGAAGCAACAAUUUAACAUCGGGACUUGACGAAAAUAGUACAACCGACGUGACUUUUCAAGAUUCUUCCUACGGUAGUAAAUUAAUGACCAAAACUCCAUCUUAUAAAUGCGGUCACUGUCAACAAGUAUCGAAUUGGAAGCACGUAAUACAGCGUCACUGCAGAUUAAAACAUAACGGAGAUGCAUUAAUACAAAUCGGAUGGAAAGAAGAACCUAUGGUUUCGCAACAAAUGAAUGAUUCAGGUGAAAAUUCCGAGAAUUAUGAAGUAAUCGAAGAUUCGAUCGAAUUAAUUUCUUGUGACAUCUGUCCUUUUACUACCGAUACAGAAGGAGAUUUAACAGCUCACAAGCUGAAUCAUGUAGAUCGCCCAGGUUCCAUCUUUAAAUGUUCAUACUGUCCGUUUUACGUUCCAAGCAAAAUGUAA